GUGUCGCUGUGGCCUCUGGCUGCGCAUGCGCAAACACAGCAGCCGAUCAGCUGACCGUGAGUGAAGCCUUUGGAAACACUGGAGUGUCAUUAUGAAUAUCAAAUCCUAAAACGGAUCCUUAGAAAAUUAUUUAGUUAAAACUACCAAGUAAUCGUCGCGUCAUCUCGUUCACGUUGAGAUCAGACUCUCCAUUUCUCGCUCCUCAGCAGCCAUGACCGAGUUCUGGUUGAUUUCUGCUCCUGGAGAGAAAACCUGCCAGCAGACAUGGGACAAACUAAUGACAGCCACAACUCGAACCAACAACCUCUCCACCAACAACAAGUUCAACAUUCCUGAUCUCAAGGUCGGGACAUUAGAUGUCCUGGUGGGGCUGUCUGAUGAGCUGGCCAAGCUGGAUGCUUUUGUCGAGAGUGUGGUGAAGAAGGUGGCUCAGUACAUGGCCGACGUGUUGGAGGACAGUCGAGAUAAAGUCCAGGAGAACCUGCUGGCUAAUGGAGGUGAGAGUCUGUGGUAUGAAAUGAUCGGACGCUGUUGCCGGUUUUGUUGCAUUAAUUCUCGUUUUCUUUGUUGUGUUUUAGUCGAUCUGGUCACCUACGUCACAAGAUUUCAGUGGGACAUGGCCAAGUACCCGAUCAAACAAUCCUUGAAGAACAUUUCUGAGAUUGUAUCCAAGCAAGUCUCACAGAUUGACAACGACCUGAAGGCUCGAGCGUCAGCCUACAACAACCUGAAGGGAAACUUACAGAAUCUAGAGAGGAAGAAUGCAGGGAGCCUGCUGACCAGGAGUUUGGCAGAUAUUGUCAAGAAAGAAGACUUUGUGCUUGAUUCUGAGUAUCUCAUUACUAUGCUGGUGGUGGUACCAAAAACAAAUUAUACUGACUGGCAGCGCACUUACGAGACUCUUGCAGAAAUGGUGGUGCCACGAUCUACAAAUUUACUUUUUGAGGACCAGGAAAGCGGCCUGUUUACAGUCACGCUCUUCAGAAAGGCCAUCGAUGACUUCAGACUCAAGGCCAGAGAAAACAAGUUCACGGUCCGGGACUUCCAGUACAACGAGGAGGAAAUGAAAGCAGAUAAGGAGGAGAUGACCAGACUCUCAACUGACAAGAAAAAGCAGUUUGGUCCACUUGUUCGAUGGCUGAAGGUGAACUUCAGCGAGGCGUUUAUUGCUUGGAUCCAUAUUAAAGCUCUGAGGGUCUUUGUGGAAUCAGUGUUGAGAUAUGGAUUGCCUGUGAACUUCCAAGCAAUGCUGCUACAGCCCAACAAGAAGAACAUGAAGAAGAUGAGGGAGGUUUUGUACGAUCUUUACAAGCACCUGGACAGCAGUGCAGCUGCCAUUAUUGACCAAUCUGCCAUGGAUAUUCCUGGCUUGAACCUCAGCCAGCAAGAAUACUAUCCCUACGUGUACUACAAAAUCGACUGCAACCUGCUGGACUUCAAAUAGAAGAACCGCUUUUAAUCACGUGCCCCUCCUUUUGUUUUGUCUCUGUGAAUAAAUCUAAGUUAAAUUAAA